CCGUGUCGGGGCGGACCCGGAGGUGCCGCGGGGCCGAGGCCGAGGCCGCGGCCGCACCGGCCCGGGCGGGGGAUCGCACCGCGCCGCUCCGACCGGGAGCCGACCAGAAUUUCAGCGCAGCUUGUCCUACUGAACCUGGCCAGUGUCAACAAUGGCACGACUUCCAAGUGCUGCACCGCAUACUCUGUGGAUUCUUUUCUUUUCAUAUACAACAAAUAAAGUUAUGGCUGCAGGACAUGUAGAGGAAUUUGCAUGCUUCACUGACUAUGACAAAGAGCUGGUUUGUCACUGGAAGGUGCCUGCACAAAUUAAUUGCUCCAAAGAAUUCCUACUCUUCUACAGGAGGUAUUUUUAUUCUGAGCAAAAUGUGUGUGUCCCUGAGAAUGGAAAAGACGGUUUAAGGUGCACUUGCACAAUAUAUCCAGGUCAUUUUGUAUCAGGCCUCACAUACAUUCUAGCUCUACAGUUCAAUGGGACUGAUAUGUGGAAUUACAGUGUUAUACCAGCACUGGUUGUUAAGCCAAGGGCCCCCAUAAAUCUUGCCAUUGAGAAAGUUGAAAAUGGUAAUUUCAAUCUGAGCUGGGAGGAGAGCUACUCUCCUGCAUCCAUGCUCUCUGGACAGCCGGUCAUCUAUGAAGUGAAAUACUGGAGGAAGCAGCACCCAACAGAGGCUUCUGUUAAAGCAAUUAACUACCAGACAAAAAACUUUGAAAUUACUGCAAGCUCCUUGAUGAGAGGCUAUGAUUAUGUUGCAAGUGUGAGGUGUAACUAUACAGAGUACCCAGCAUACUGGAGUGAAUGGAGUGAAGAAGUUGAAUUUCACUAUGAUUACCAAGUAACAGCUGAAGACAUUCUGCAGAUGGCUGUUCCCAUAUCCUGCAUACUGAUCAUGGCAGUAUCUGUAAUCUGUUACUUCUGUUUUACCAAAGUGAAGAAAGAAUGGUGGGAUCAAAUCCCAAAUCCAGCAAAGAGCCAUUUGGUUGUAAAAAAUGUCAAGUUUUCAGUCUUGUGCUACAUUGAUGAAAUUAAGUUCCCUUUCCAUGACUUAAAGCAGAAUCAUAUGGAAAACCAAAUAAUUUGCAAGAACUGUUUGGCUCAAAGUUUAUCAAGCCAAAACUUCAAUGGAAAAGAUAACAUCAGAAAUGUUGAGAAAUCUUGCAGUUGCCACAGCAAGUCUGGAGAGUGGUUUCCAAAAGGCGGCAGUGCAGUUUUAACCCCUGAGACGAUUCUGGUUGAAAAGUGUAUAGAAAUCUGUGAAUGUUUAACAGACAUUGAGCCUGAGAGCCAUGAAGAGACUAGUGACCAGAUCACCAUGUUUGAACCUUGCGAGAGCAGCUUCACUGCUUUCAGAGAGCACACUGAACACAAUGAUGCACUAGCUAGCAUGUUUAUUGAGCUCCUGGCAGAUGACACCAACGUGCAAGACAGUAAAGACCCAGGCAUCAUCACAGGUGAGAAUAAAACCUUUGAGAAACUUGAGUCAGAAAAUCCAUCACAGAGAAAUCCAGAAGAAAGCGCAGCCCAGAGCCAGCAGUCAUGUGAUAUUUCUCAUACAGUCUCCCUUUUCACCAAAGCCUCUCAAGAUAACUACAAUUGUAGUACAGCCAGCAAGAAGUCACAACAAUCAGAAGAAUCUUUUGAAUCUGGCUAUCGGAGCUCCAGCAUAAAUUCUGCUUCUGUGGAUGCAAGAGAUCUUCAGCAUAUGGUUCAUCAAAGCAUUUUUCCCUGCAGUUCUGAAAGUCAGCAUGACUUACUGGUCCUGAUUCAGGAAUCUCCAAAUAAAACAUCCUUUGGGACCAAAAAAGGUGGAAUAAGCAACCCUGCACACAAGAAUUUUGAUACCCUUGUGUCUCCAUCCAUGGGGCUGUGUAGCUCUGCCUAUAAGAGCUUUGACACCCUCCUGUCUCCAGCCGUGGAGCCCUGUGGUUCUGCCUACAAGAGCUGUGACACCCUCGUGUCUCCAGCCGUGGAGCCCUGUGGUUCUGCCUACAAGAGCUGUGACACCCUCGUGUCUCCAGCCGUGGAGCCCUGUGGUUCUGCCUACAAGAGCUGUGACACCCUCGUGUCUCCAGCCGUGGAGCCCUGUGGUUCUGCCUACAAGAGCUGUGACACCCUCGUGUCUCCAGCCGUGGAGCCCUGUGGUUCUGCCUACAAGAGCUGUGACACCCUCGUGUCUCCAGCUGUGGAGCCCUGUGGUUCUGCCUACAAGAGCUGUGACACCCUCGUGUCUCCAGCUGUGGAGCCCUGUGGUUCUGCCUACAAGAGCUGUGACACCCUCGUGUCUCCAGCCGUGGAGCCCUGUGGUUCUGCCUACAAGAGCUUUGAUAUUCUUGUGUCUGCAUGCAAGGAACCAAGUAGCUCUGUGUAUAAGAGCUUUGAUACUUUUAUGUCUCAGUCUACGACUAACAGUAGCUUGACUCUGUGUUUUGAAAAUGUGUGUUCCUCGCCACCUUUGACACGGUUUUCAGAGACACUAGAACUUAGCUCCAGAGAUCAAAUUUAUCAACCCCCUAGCAAUCAGACAUGUUAUGCCAAGUACAGAUCUUGCACUGAGCUUGAUUUUCAAAACACCUGUUCAGAACAUACUGAUUUUCCAUCUUUCUCCACACAUGUGAAUGACAGUACUUCAGCUUUCCUACCAGAGCAAGAAAUAUAUAAGCAGGUAACAUAUCAAAAUGUUCAAAAGAAAGCCCAUAUAGUUUCCUGCCCCAUUGGACCUCAACCAUCUGGUUAUCAACCUUUUGAUAAUGCAGUUAAAUGCAAUGGUACAUACUGUGGCAAUGACAGUGAGGUUAUCUCUAGGUCAUUAUAUGAACCCUUCAUUUGUCUUUUGUACAAGAACCUGAGAGAAACACCUCCAGAUACCAUAAUCUCUGAACCUGACCAGAGGACAGAUGACCACAUAUGUUUGAUUGUACAGGGUUUUGACUGCAGUGUUGUCCCAGCUUUAGCCCCUAGUGAGAAUGUCUCACAGACCAGUGAUGGCAGGCUUUGGAUCAUCAACUCUAAUGAGCUGCCUAAUGAUAGAAAAUAUGACAAUACCAGCAGAGAUGAACAGCUGUUGCAGUUGUUAAAGCUGAACUGUCAAGAUUUUAACAGCAGAGAAAGAACUAUAAAGUGGACAAAACCUAACAGCUUUAACUAUACUGGUAAAGGAAUGCAAGAGAGCAGCAAUAGCAGACUAAAUACUGACUUUCAUUGCCACAUGCACAACUACUUGAGGAAACUUGGAAAUGCAGGAGAAAAUAAAGAGGUGAUAAAGCAUGUGGUAGGCAGGAGGAGGUGUGACUCAGCAGCUAGUUUACCAGAAGCAUCACUGGAUGUCAUUGGGCUAAACUUGAAAAGAAAACCUGCAGAGCCUGUGGAGCUCCUGGUCUCGGGCAAGGUGUCACCUCCUCUUUUUCUGGAUAACUCCUGUCCUGAUUCUCACGCUAUUCAGAGUGAGGGUUCCAGACUGGCACCUGCAGUUAAAAAAAGUCCAGUGGAACUACUGAGGGAAAACAACAGGAAGAAUGAGAAAAAAAUUAAACUUGUACAAGCCCUUGCCCAGGAGAACAACUGCUACAUGAAGGUAGCCUAGGCUCACCUGUUAAGACUGAAUCAAGCCAGUCUUUGGAAAUAAACUGUAUGGAAAAUUGAAAAAUGUUGCUUGUUCUUCUGGUCUUGCCUGAAGCGAGGCCUGUGACAGUUCAGACAUGGAUUCAGUGGGUUGUAACACUUGUGCCUGCUGCAGGGCUGGCAACCAGUAUGUGAUGCAUGCCCCUGGGGGGACAGUAGGGCUUAGCACCUAAUAUUUGCAGCUACAGCUCUAUCAGGGGCGAAGCCAGAGCUAAAGUUUCUUUGGCCAUGAUUGUUCUCUAAAAGUGAGCAGCAGCUGCAUAAAGUAGGAGUUCUUAGUUCAGCUCCUGUGGUUAUUGCCCUGGCCUUGUAUGUUGCUUGGGAAGCACACAAAGGUGAUAUGGAAGGUGCUGAUGCACCUGGAAGUGGGAUGUAGGUGCAGGUCAAAUGGGAAGUGACUGACUUGCACUGACAGAAUCACACAGCUUUCAUAAUUUAUAUACUGGGGAGGAGGGAGGUACUGUGUGCUUAGCCCCAGCAUGGGGUAUAUGUUUCUACACUUGCUCAAUCAAGACCUGAAAUAAAGAUUAUUGUCAUUUGGGAUUAA